UUCUCGUUUUCUGGUUGUUGAAGCACCAAAAUCUCCCGCUCCCCUGUUCCGAAGCCAUGAAAAACAGGGGCAAGAAAUCUCCAUCUCCAAUGGAAUCGCAAGAAUCAGAAUCAGAAUUAGAAUCACCGGAGUUAAGAAGGUUAGAAUCCUUCCUGAAAUGGAUUUGCAUAAACGAUCAAUCCAAUCCAUAUCGCGCUUCCCUCUCCUGCCUCAUCUUCUUCAUCUUCGCAAUCGCCGUCCCUCUCGCAUCGCACUUCGCUCUUUCCUGCUCCGAUUGCGACGAAGAUCACCAGAGGCCAUUCCAUGUCGUCGUUCAGCUCUCUCUCUCCGCCGUUGCGAUGCUCUCUUUCCUCUCUCUCUCUCUCUGGCUCCGUCUCUUCGGAUUCAACCGAUUUCUCUUCCUCGAUAAGCUCUCCAAAGCAAGCCCUAGGGUUCGGGCUGAGUAUUCCAGGCAAUUACAGAGAUCAAUGGAGCUGAUGUCGUUGUUCGUGGUACCAUGUUUCAUGGCAGAAGCAGCGUACAAGAUGUGGUGGUACAUCACCGCAGCUAAGCAAAUCCCAUAUUACACCAACAACAUGUACCUGAGCUACAUCACCUCCUACACAUUGGAGCUCUGCUCAUGGCUCUACAGAACUUCCAUCUUCUUCUUCGUCUGCGUCCUCUUCCGCCUCAUCUGCUGCCUCCAAAUGAUCAGGCUCGAAGAUUUCGCUUCCAUCUUCCGUCGGGAAACCGACGUCGGCACCAUCUUGGUUCUGCAUUUGGGCCUCAGAAGAACCUUCACCAUCAUCAGCCAUCGCUUCCGAGCCUUCAUUUUGUUGUCUUUGAUUUUGGUCACUGCCAGUCAGUUCAUAUCCCUUCUCAUGACUACAACGGCCAAAGCUCAUGUUAACCUCUCCAAGGCUGGACAACUUGCGCUAUGCUCCAUCAGCCUGGUGACAGGCUUGUUCAUAUGCCUCCGUAGUGCAGCAAAGAUAACCCACAAAGCACAGUCCAUCACAUGUCUUGCUGCAAAGUGGCACGUCUCUGCCGUCGUAAGCACCUUCGACGAUCUCGACAAUAAGACGACCCCAACAGCAGCAGCUACCAUCGAAUCGAACUCGGAUGACGAAGACAGCGACGAGGACAACUUGGAUGAUGCAAAACUGAUGCCAGUUUUUGCGGACACAAUCUCAUUCCAAAAGAGGCAGGCGCUAGUGAUAUAUUUGAGGAAUAACAAAGCAGGAAUUACAGUGUAUGGAUUCAUGGUGGAUAGAACAUGGCUGAAAUCCAUUUUUGCUAUUGAACUUGCAUUGUUCUUGUGGCUGCUCAACAAGACUGUUGGUAUUUCUUGAAGCUCUUGCCUUUCUUUAAGUUGGAUUUUGUAUUGGAAAAGUUUAAUUAUAGAAACCAAAAGUUAGGGUUAA